GCCGCCUGAACCCGGAACAUUGGAAAUGGUGUGAAUUCUCGGUGUGUUGUUGCGGUGAACCCAUGCUGGAUUAAGACAGACGUGAUCUAGUACCCGGUGUGUGAACUCUACAUGGUGUGAACUCAGAGAGACUCAGAGAGCUGGUCUCGUCCUGUAGACUCAGAGAGCUGGUCUCGUCCUGCAGACUCAGAGAGCUGGUCUCGUCCUGCAGACUCAGAGAGCUGGUCUCGUCCUGUAGACUCAGAGAGCUGGUCUCGUCCUGUAGACUCAGAGAGCUGGUCUCGUCCUGUAGACUCAGAGAGCUGGUCUCGUCCUGUAGACUCAGAGAGCUGGUCUCGUCCUGUAGACUCAGAGAGCUGGUCGAUGAUGAUGAUGAUGAUGCUGGAGAGGAGCAAGGUGACGAUGGUAGCAGAUAUCUUCUUCAGCCGGAGACACUGUGAGAGAGAGGAGAUCAUCCACUGUCGCUGCUCCAGAGCCUUCGUACAGGAUCGGGAGCUGUAUCGCUCUGACAACAGAUUGCUCUGCCUUGACCUGGCUGACUCUACAGUGGGAGAAACGGAUGAGGAAGAAGAAGAGGAGGAGGAGGAUGAAGAGGCUCUGUUGAUGGCCAGCAUGGGUCUGCCUCUGGCCUUUUCCAGUUCCUCCAGGCAGAGGAGAGAGAACAGAAAGCCUGCUGCAUGCUGGGUAGAAACAGCAGCUGAGGAGGAGGAGGAGGAAGCUGAACAAGAUCUACAGGUAGAUGACACAGCUGAUCAGAAGGAAGAGAGUGACCCACUGGAGGAAGGAACAAGAGGCACCCAAGAUGCCGGCUGGGAAGCCUACUGGGCUCAACAGGGUGAAGCGCUGCUCUGGAGCAGCUGGCUGCAGCAGCAUCCACAGACAGAUCAUGUGUCUACAGAAGCAGCAGCAGCUCCUUGGGAUGACCCAGACACGAGCGCUGCGUGGGAGAAACAUGCAGCAGAGACAUACUACUCCUACUGGGAGCAGUACUCAUACUGGGCCUCACAGGGCUGGAGCACCGAGCUGACCGGCUGUGAAGGUACAGAGACCUGCUCAGAGGAACAGAGGGAUGAGAGUGGAGCUGAAGUCCAACAGAGACAAGAGGACGAUGAGGAUGUUGAGACUUUGAAUGAUCUGCUUGAACAGAGCUGCUCAUUAAAAGCAGGGGGGAGCACUGUGUCUGACUCCAUGAACAAACUCUCUGAUGAUCCCUCUGACGGCGGGAACGAUCGCAAGAGACCUGCUACCUCCUCGCAGACGAACACAGCAGAGCAGAAAGAUUCCCAGCAGGUUUCCUCCCGCUCUGACAGACAGAACGUCUCAGGUAAUAAACCAACACUAGAAGGAGAUGAUGACGAUGAUGAUGUUAACAAACCUCCAGGAGGAGGACAAGCUAAAGUCAAACGCAGUCAUGAGCUGGAUUUGGAGGAAAGCCCACAGCUGACACCAGAAGAAGCGUGGAGUAGACUGGGACUCAAACACAACUCUAACCCUCUGUUCGACACGGUGCUCAGAUUUAAAGGCGGAGGCGAUCAGAAGAGUCAGAGGAAGUGGCUCGACAAGAGAUCCGUCUGCAGCAUCAACAAACACAUCCGCUUCUCAGAGACGGGCGGAGGCAACACAGAGCCCAAGAUCAGCUCCACCCUCUGCAAGAAAAACUGGUGAAGCAGUGACAGGUGAUUGGAGGCUCAUUGGGGGGGUAGUGAAGUGAAGGCUGGCCCGUGUGGUCGGAUCAAACAGAGGAUCCACUGAAGCUCAAACUGCUGAAGAAGUCAGAAAGGUGUCAGAACACACACACACAGGGCCUCGACGGGUCAGAGGGGGG